AUGGAUGUCAACGUGGCCAGCUGUCCAGAGGCGGAUGGUAGCUCAACAGAUGAGAGUUCAUCCGAGGAUGAGGACCCUGUCAUCCCGCUCAGAAGGAGUGCCCAGCAAAAGAAGCCUGCCUCGAGUUGCACGGUGUGCGAUCAUGACAGCGAGACACGGGAUGAAUCUGGAAAUCUGCCACCUCGGAGCAAACGAGUUCGCGCAUGCGGUAACCAGCAAGCUAGUUUCGAUUCUUACUCUCUCUCUCUCUCUCUCUCUGUCUCUCUCUCUCUCUCUGUCUCUCUCUCUCUCUGUCUCUCUCUCUCUGUCUCUGUCUCUCUCUCUCUCUCUCUGUCUCUCUCUCUCUCUGUCUCUCUCUCUCUCUGUCUCUCUCUCUCUCUCUCUCUCUCUCUCUCUCUCUCUCUCUCUGCUCUAAAGCCUGAGCAACUGGGUACAAACUUGAUUUCUGCCAAUGAUAAUCAGAGCGAUAUCGUCUGCCACAGAUGUUGUGGUGCCAAACACUUGGCCGGAUAUUGA